ACCGCAUUAUUUUGUAACACGAAUAAACAAAUUAUGCUCAUGUUUCCUAGCCUUUCAUAUAUAAGUGUUGCUUUCUCAAUGGACCAAACCACCAGAAUUUUCUAAACUUACAAAGCCAAAAUCUUGAGCUACAAUUUAACUAUAAUGAAUCUUCCAACUUUUGCAACAUUACUUAAGGCACUUAGCAUAUGGCUCAUCUUGGCAUUGAGCCAUGUUGGUGAGUGUCACAGCUCCGGUUUGCCAGAAAAGCGGUCUAGAUUAGGUCAUCGAGGUAAGUUCGAUGGUCAAAUGAAUGCGUUAAAGGGUCGUAAACUUUCACGUGCUUUACUUGAUUCACAAGAAGCCGAAAGUCCAUUUAGUCCAUUUAGUCCUUUCACUCCGUUCACUCCUUUUAGUCCAUUUAGUCCAAUGAGUAGCCCUAGUUUUCCUACAGAUUCUUCAACUCCUCCUAGUCCUAGUUCACUUGUUGAAUCUCCUCCCGAUUCUUUCUCCCCUUCGAUAAGUCCUUCGAGUUCUCCUACAACUCCGGUCCCUUCAACGCCUUCAAAUCCUCCUACAACUUCGCCUCCUAGUCCCGUGGUUGAUUCCCCCACCAAUACUCCCACUUCACCAGUAAGUCCUUCAAGUACUCCACCAAAUUCUUCCAAUCCUCCAAGACCUUCUGGUUUGCGAGUAGGCUUCUAUCAAGGUUUAUGUCCUACACCAAAUGUCGACGUUGAGGCCACCAUUACUACUAAAGUUCAACAACUUUUUAGCAAGGAUGCAACUCUUCUUCCUGCUCUCCUUCGUAUGCAAUUUCAUGAUUGUUUUGUCCAUGGAUGUGACGCUUCAAUUUUACUUGAUGGACCAUCAUCUGAGAAAACCGCGGGUCCUAAUUUGAGUGUUAGAGGGUACGAGUUUAUAGAUACUUUGAAGAGUGUAGCUGAAGAAGAAUGUCCAGAUGUUGUCUCAUGUGCCGACAUUAUAGCAAUUGCAACCAAAGAGCUUAUUAAGCUGGGUGGUGGACCGGGAUAUUCAUUACAAACCGGGCGAAAAGAUGGACUCGUAUCUACCCAAGACGUGAAACUUCCAAGCCCAUUCGCAACAGUUACCGAAAGUAUCUUAGCCUUUGGUGAAAAAAACUUUAACCCCGAAGAAAUGCUGCUUCUUAUAGCUGGUGGUCAUACGAUUGGAAAGUCACAUUGUUCGUUCUUCCAAGAUAGACUUUACGAAGGUACGAGCCAAUUUGAUCCAAAUAUGGACUCGAACCUUCGUGAACAACUAAGUGGUACUUGCCCCCAAGGUACAAACUCAGAUAACUUCACGUUUCUUGAUCAAAAUCCACUAAGCUCGAGCAAAUUCGACAACUCUUUCUUAGAUCAACUCUUGAAUGGACGAGGAAUCUUACCAAUAGACCAAGCUUUGUCACGUGAUUCUCAAACUAGUAGCUUUGUUCUACAGUAUGCUCAAAAUCCUGCCUUAUUCAAUGCUAAGUUUGCAAGUGUUAUGAUUAAAUUGCAAGCCCUUGACGUCCUUCUUGGCGAUCAAGGACAGAUUAGGAAAGUUUGUAGUAAAGUUAACUAAGACUUGCAUACUUGUAUAUUUGUAGAGCAUGAGAAAUAAUAGUUGUAGAAACAUUCUUUUCUCAAUUCUUGACUUCUUGACCUUUUGAGUUUUAAAACAUGUAUGUAUAAUGUAUUAAGCUUUAAAAUUUCAUUCAUUUUGAAAGCUAAUUAAAUAUCCUCUUAUUUUGUUUUAGAAUAUAUUUAACCAAAUAAAACCCAUAAGGAGUUAGGGUCU